AAUGUGUACAAGGAGGAAAACAAGAGUUCAAUGCCCACCGGAUACACCCUGACUAAGGACACACUGCUCAUCAAACAGGCUAAACACAACAGCGUUGUCACCAGCGAUGUGAAGUACAAGGAAGCCUAUGAGAUGACGAAAGCAAAGGCCUACACUCUUCAUCCCGAGGGAGUCAACUUCGUCCUCUCAAGGAAGGCUAACAAGAUCACCAACGAGCGCCUGUAUCGUGAGCUGUACCACAAGCAAAAGGACAAGAUCCACACAACCUACGACACGCCCGACAUCAAGCAAGUCAAGAUGAACCAGAAGCACCUCAGCGACUUGUGCUACAGAGAGAAAUACUACAACACCAGAGGUCAGCUGAUCAAUCUGCCCAUCACACCCCAGCUGUUGCACUGUUACCACGUCAACCAGAUCACCAGCGAGCUGAAAUACAAAGAGGAUCUGCAUUGGCUGAGAGGCGUUGGCUGCUUCCUGUACGACACCCCGGAGAUGGUGCACGUCCGCAACAUCACCAAACAGAGGGUGACCUACCCAGUGGAGGCUAAGAAGAACCUGGCCAACUUCUCCGUGGUCCUGGACACACCGGAGUACAACCGCGUGACGGAGCUGAAGACCCACAUGAGCGGCAUGAUCUACAAAGCCCUGGCUAAGGAGGAAAUGUCGAAGGUCAGGACCACCGGGGACUCUGUGGACAUCAAGAGAGCCAAAUGGGCCCAGCAGCUGACCAACAAAUACCAGUACACCAGCUUGGCUUCCAAGGAGAGAACUUUGUUCACUUCAGAAUAUGCAACACCGAGCAUGGAUCAUUCUAGGAAAAUGAAGGUGGUCUGCAGUGACAACAAAUACAAAGACCAGUAUGAGAAGAUGAAGCACAGAUACACCGCCAUCGCUGACACGCCCCUCCUGAUCCGCGCCAAGAAAGCAUACGUGCAGUCCAGCGAUGUGAGUAUACCACUGGAUCAGAUGAUUUCCAAU